AAAACUUCCCCUUUGUCUGUCUAUUGUUCUCCGAGAGAAGCAGAGACAGGGCUGGAACUAUGCUGUAAGAAGCUUGGGGCCAGGUAUGAAAAAUCAUCUGAAUCAUACCUAGAAACUACUCACUUGAAACCCCCAGAUAUGAAAAGAUGUUUUCCAGAGACUACUGACCCCAGACUUCCCAAAGACCUGCUUCAGCAGAGCCCUGAUAUUUUGUAUUAGAAACACCAGGAGAUUAAAGAGGACUGGCUAUUAAAAAUCUGACCUGGAAUGGCCAGUCAACAAGCAGAAGUUCAGAGUUUGAAACUAGAUAAUGAUUCGGUUAUAGAAGGAAUAAGUGACCAGGUACUGGUGGCUGUUGUGCUCAGUUUCACUUUCAUUGCUGCUCUGGUGUAUAUGCUCUUAAGAAAUGAGCACCAGAACAUUCAUCCAGACAACCAAGAGCUAGUGAGGGCACUUCGGCAGCAGCUUCAAACAGACCAGGAUGCAUCUGCUGGUGAUAGACAUCGUUUCUAUACUGACAUGUCCUGUCCAGUCUGUUUACAGCAGGCUACGUUUCCCAUUGAAACAAACUGUGGACAUCUUUUCUGUGGUGCCUGCAUUAUUGCAUACUGGAGGUAUGGCUCAUGGCUGGGUGCCAUCCGUUGCCCAAUCUGCAGACAAACGGUAACAUUGUUUUUACCACUCUUCGGUGAAGAUCAGCAGGAUGCAGCACAAGUGCUUCGAGAUGUUAACGAUUACAACCGGAGAUUCUCAGGACAGCCCAGAUCUAUUAUGGAAAGAAUUAUGGAUUUACCCACUUUACUACGGCAUGCUUUCAGGGAGAUGUUUACUGUAGGGGGCCUUUUCUGGAUGUUCCGUAUCAGAAUAUUCCUCUGCCUGCUAGGAGCUCUGCUCUAUCUGGCUUCACCUCUGGAUUUUCUUCCUGAAGCCCUCUUCGGAAUUCUGGGAUUUUUAGAUGAUUUCUUUGUCAUCUUUCUGUUGCUAAUAUACAUCUCUAUCAUGUACCGAGAAGUGAUAACGCAGAGACUGAAUAGAUGAGUGGAAACAAUCAUGACACAGAUGUUUGUGUGGAAAGCUGAACAAAGGGACCCAUGACACAGUAUGACGUAGUAAAGCACCUGUAUAAACUUUCAGUUUUUGCAAUUAAAUAGCUUGUAGUCAAUUAUUUUAUGCAAAUGUGAGGGGUUAAAAUGUGGUGAUGCUUAACUGGAAUCUUUAAUUUGUGUGUUACAUACGCUUAAAUAUUGAAGAGGUUAGAUUUAUGAUGUAAUAAAUUACCUACAUCUGCUUACACCCAAUGAGCAAUUGUAUGUAAUGCAAGAUAAUGCUAGUUAUAAAACACCUCUUCGUGUGUAGUUUGUGAAAGGGAAGUUCUAUUUAAGUGAUGUCAGGACUUCAAACAAAAAAGAAUUCAGAUUAGCUUGACGCAUUAAGACACUUCAAUAUUUAGUUUAUCAAAUUGCAUAAUUCUCACUGUGGUGGGUCAAAGUAUUUUUAAGUAACAAUCGUUUUUCAUAUCCUUCUAUGCAAGAAGAAACCCCCAAAGACAGCAUUACAGUUGACAUAAUGAAUUUGACUGCUGGACACAGUUCAUAUUGCACAAAUAGAGGAAAAAACACUUCAGUAUUGCUUUAACUGCACUAUGUAUAAUGAUAUGUAUUUCCAAUGAUUUUACUUUUCAGUUUUGGGGAAAAAAGGCUUUCUAUUAGGGUCAAGAUGAAGAAACCAGGAAUAGUCAACACUUUGGUGACCGGCACUGAGUAAUAUUUUUUUACAUAGGUUUUGUGUACAUUAGCAGUAUUUGAACGUCGGGUAAGUUGCACUGUUGUAAGCCCUACUUUAUAUACCCGUGCAACACAUUUAAAUGGGGGGUUUGCAUCAGGGCAGCUACAUCAAAGUAAUUUACCACUGCAAAAAAACCUUAGGUUUUUAGUAGCAAUUUGUUUAAAAGUGGGAAUCCAAAGUGUAUGUCAUAACUGGAUAAUUUUUACACUUAACAUUUUACCUGACUAUGGAUGAUAAUUAAAGUAUUUAGAUAAAACCAGUAACUAUUCUUUCUCACAGGUUUGUACCAAUAAGUUUAAAACAAAACAAAACAGUAACAUGGGGCCAUAGAAAUCUGCUAGAAAAUUAAAAAUCGGUACGAUUUUUUUUUUACCCCAAAUGUUUGGAAUUUGUGGGUAUUUUUAACACCAGAUAUCACAAGCUACAAGGUGAAUGAUUUGAAAAUAUUUUCAUUUUAUGAAAUCAGUGCUGCUAGAAAACUCAAAAUCCUCAAGCCAUUCUGUGGGAAUUCAGUACUGUCUAACUGGAGGAAAGAAAUACUUUUGAAGCAAAAUAGCAAACAUUCUAACUUUCUGAAUACUUGAAAAUAAAUUUAAUAGAAUAAGCGAUCCUUCGUAUGUUUACAUAAUGUGGGUGGGACAUAUUUUGAAAUGGCCUCCAUUAAUAUAGUCUCCAUUUUCUGAUCAUGCAAAUAUAUGUGCAUACAGUUUUGAGUGCUUAUACAUGUGUAGGAAGAGGAUGGGAUUUUUUCAUUGAAUGCUUUUGGUUAAUGGGUUUUGCAGAGUCUGUCAGUUUUGUGGUGUUGUAUCCGUGCUUAAAGUGCACAUCACUGGUUUUGCCUUUAUAAAUAUAAGAUGGGGUGGUGGUUGUUGUUUUCUUAAAUUUGCCCUUGAAUAUCCAAAGUCAUGUUAUGAUUUAACUGGAUUGUUGAACCUUUCUUCGGACAUAUUUUUUAUUUGAGAUGGGUGAAAAGAGAAAAUGGAGGUGAUAAAAACAAAAAAAUUAAAAAAGAAAAAGACAUGGUAAUAAGUGUAUGCUACUGGCUUUGGCUGCCUUUAGUGUUUUUUAGCACCUCGCCUUUUCCCUUCAUUUUGUCAUCACUAAUAUACGAUGACAACUUGCUGGCUACCUCAGUUAAAUGUCAACAUGCCGAUACUACAGUAUGUGAAUCUUGCUUGAUAUUCAAGGAACUUAAAUCCUGCCUGUUAUAUGCACAUUUAAGAUGACAAAGCAAGAUAUUAUGGAGAGUCAGGUGCACAGAUCUGCACAUUGUUGCUGUUGGCAAAGCUCUCCAAGAGGUCCCACCUGCUCCUUUUAGCUGGUGGCAAUAUUGAAAAGAUGGUUGUAGGACUGAUAAAGUUAUCCUCGUACAUCGUUUGGGGCUUGGCCAUCAUGAGUCCUGUGGUCACAAAUAACUUCCUCUUUAUUUCUCAAGAGAACUGUACAGAUUAGUCAUUCUGGUAAGGGGAGUCCUUUCCUAACCUUGCUAUCCCAUUUCUUUGUUCUCCCACAGAUGUCUUCACAUUUUUACCCGUGCCACUCUUUACAGCUGGAAUGCCCUCCCUCCUCUGAUCCACAAGACACUCCCUGAAUCUCCUCAUUCAGAGCCCUCCUUAGACCCACUUCUGCCAUGAUGCCUAUGCAAAAUUAGCCAACUAAGGAGUCUGUUCAUAAACACUCUCUUUAGUAUGUGAGCUCAUGCACAAGCUGUCACUGAGUAAGUGCAUAAUCUUACUGAUGUUACUCUGUUUCCUCCCCUGCCCCUUCCUUUCCGUCUUGCCAGGCCAUGCCUAAUUUUAAGCUCUCUGGGGCCAAGGAUCUUGUCAUCUUUCUGAGUGGGAGGCACUCAGCUCACCUUUGGGUGCCAAUAGAAAUAAUACAGGCUUUGCUUCAGCAAAGCACUUAAGGAUGUGUGUGUAAGUGCUUGGCUGAAUUGGGGCUGUCUAUCCUACCUGUAAAAACUAGGCCAGUUGAUGAUAUGCUAACCCCAUCUUGUAUUUGUAGUAUGGACAUUUUAAGUAUGUAGUUUGACUGACAGUUUUCAGCGCUCUGUAUGGUUAAGGAGGCGAGUGCUGUGCUCAGCUCGGUUAUACAGGAGCAGAGGAUGCGGCCAGUAUGCUGAAUUUGCUCAUUUACUUUGCAUCCAUGCAUCCCUGCAUAGAUAUCUUCCUUGUCAAGGAGAAAAUUCUUCACCAAACCACUGAUUAUCAGUAUUUAUGGAAAGAAUGACUGGAUCACGCUGCCCUUAUUUCAGAUGAUUCUGUUGUUGUGUGGCAAUGUGUGUAUAUAGAAGCAUAUGUAUUUUUCAUGCACUCAACGCUGUGGUAUCUGAGCACCUGUAUGGAUGCUUCUGUAAUUCUUCACAGUAAAUGUAAAUUGCACUUACAAAGCAAUGCUCAACAAUCCUCCUCCUUUGACUAGAUGCAGACCUGUGUUCCACUUAGGUGUGUGCAUGCCCAGUGCACAGGAACCAGAGACUUUUGCCUAGCAGUCCCGGUAGAGGGGUGGCUCCUCCUCUGGCGAUAUAAGAUGGUGUCAAUCUGAGACACCUCAGUUCCUUCUCACUGCCAGUUGCUGGAGUCUUUGCUCCACUCCCUCUGUCUCCCUGUCCCUUUGGGUGUUGGCUGGUCCACUUUUACAAUGCUUGGGACUCAAUUACCUCCGACAGCUGAGUCCUAGAUACUAUCAGAUCGGGCAACACAAUCCAGUUCCUCUCCAUGCUCUGUUCCCACCUCUCUUUCCCCGUCCCGCCUCAGGGACCCGUCUCACAAGACACUGCUCAUCAAGUUGGUCAGCUCUCUCUUGAAGUUGGGAGUGGUGGAGAAAGUUCCACAAGAACACUGAGGCGACAGCUUUGACUCCUGGUACUUCCUGAUUCCUAAAUCCCAGGGCAGGAUGAGACCCUUUCUUGACCUUUGUGGCCUCAACAAAUUAAUCAAGUACAUGAGAUUCCGCAUUGUCACUCUAUCGGCAAUCCUCCCCACGCUGUCUCAGAAUGACUGGUUUGCUGCUCUGGACCUUCAGGGCGCUUACUUUCAGGUGGUGAUUCUGCUGGGCCACAGGAAGAUUCUGCAUUUUGUGGUAGGAGAACACCACUUUCAGUAUAUGGUUCUCCCAUUCGGCCUCUCUUCUGCCCACUGAUCUUCACCAAAUGCAUGGCGAUGGUCUUGGCAUAUUUCAGGAAGAAGGGAAUCCAGAUUUUCCUGUACCUCAACUGAUGUUCCUCAGUCUGCAAUCUCAGCCCUCCAUGACAGUCCGUGUGUGUCUGAGCCUGUUGAGCCACAUGUCCGCUUGCACGCAGGUGGUCCACUUCGCCAGGUUGCGCCUUCUCCCUCUUCUAAUGUGGUUCAGAACAGCAUACCGCCUUGAAUUCUCUGGACAGGUUGGUUCACCUUUCUUCACCAGUCCUAGAUGCCUUGUGCUAAUGGGAGUCCCCACACAGUGUGUGCCAAGGAAUCCCCUUCGCUCAGCCCUCUCGGACCAAGUCAGUGGUUACUGACACUUCCCUUCUGGGUUGGAGGGCACAUCUGGACUUGUUGAGGGUGCAGAGCCUGUGGUUGGAACAGGAAGCCUCACUCUAUAUCAAUGAGUUGGAACUUCAGGCCAUCCACAGUGCGUGUCAUGCCUUCCAAGACUGCAUCCAGACAGUCAGUGUUUCACAUACUCACCGGCAAUACCACCACAGUGUACUCUGUGAACAAGCAAGGAGGAGCACAUUCUAGGUUACUCUUCUUGGAGGUGAUCAACCUAUGUUAAUUUUGCAUCAAAGACGACAUCACCCCCGUAGCAGUCCAUUUACUGGGUAUGCAAAAUCGUCUCAUGGACCAGCUCAGCAGAGUUUUCUCCCAGAGCCACAAGUGGUCCCUGAAGGGGAGUGUUCUCUGGGUCAUCUUUGCAACAUGGGGCAUCCCUUCAAUUAACCUGUUUGCAAUGAGGGAGAACAGGAAAUGUCAACUAUUCUGCUCUUGAGAGGGCCUUAGCCUGAGAUCCCUCUCCAGCACCUUCCACUGCACCUGGCAGUUGACUCUUCUGUAUUCCGGUCAUUCCACGAGUCAUCCUCAAGCUCAAAGUGGAUCGAGCCAAGUGCAUCCUCGUUGCUCCUGCGAGACACUGCUGGUUCUCAGAUCUCCUUGCUCUGUCAAUUCAACCUCCCAUUUCACUUCCUCUCCAUCCCGACCUGCCCAUGCAGAACCACAGCCCAACCUUCCAUCCUGCAAUCAGUUCCCCGCACCUCACCGCAUGGCUGCUGCAUGGCUGAAUGGCAAGGAAGAAUGGUGCUCAGAGGCUGUCCAACAAGUCGUACUCAGCAGUCAGAAGUUCUCCACUAGGACGAUCUGCUUAGCAAAAUGGAAGAGGUUCGAUCUGGUCCAUGGCCCACGGGACCCAACCAACAGAGGCUUCCAUCCAGGACAUCUUGGAGUUACCUGCAACAUCUUCAGAAAUCAGGCCUUGUGCUCAGUUCACUGAGAGCGCAUUUGGCAGCGAUAUCAGGUUCCAUCCCCUGAUUCGAGGGAAGGUCAUUUUUCCCACUGCCACGGUGAUGAGAUUUCUGAAGGGGCAUCUCUCCUUACAUCCUCCAGUCUGAGAACCGGUUCCCUGGUGGGACCUGAACUCGGUUGUGACAGCUCUGAUGGGCCCUCCGUUUGAGCCCCUUGUGUCCUGUCUGCUGCCUCUCCUGUCUCAGAAAACAGUGUGCUUGAUAGUCAUCACUUCAGCAAGAAGGAUGUGCGAGUUGCAGGCCCUAAUGGCUGAGCUGUCUUACGCUCAGUUCUCCAAAGACAAGGUAACGCUGUGACCACACACACAGUUUUUAUUCAAGGGGGUGUCUCUGGUUUAUCUAAAUCAGGCAGUGUAUUUACCUGUUUUUUUUCCCUAAACUGCUCUCUUCCCUGGAAGAACACUGCAUCCACACUCUGGCUGUCUAGCGAUAUCUAGCCUUUUUCUAGACAGGACUAAACUUGCAUGCUUCACCUCGCCUGUUCAGGUCAUAUGGGCUGCAUGAAGGGGCAGUUGUCUCUGCAAAGACCAUCUCUAGAUGGGCAAUACCCCGUGUCAAGACUGCGUAUGAGAUAGCUUUGGUUACACACACACGCACCCCCAGCGGAUACGGGCUCACUCCAUGAGAGUGCAGGUGACUUCAGAAGUGUUCCUCAGGGACAUUUCCAUACUGGAUAUUUGCAGGGCUGCCACUUGGUCAUCCAUACCUACGUUUAGGGACCACUAUGCUAUUAUCGCCUCUUCCAGAGCGGAUGCAGGCCUUGGAAAGAUGGUCCUGCAGUCCCUAUUGCAAUAGACUCUGAGCCCCACCUCCGGAUUGAGGUACUGCGUGCGAGUCACCGAAGUGCAAUAUACACGGCUGCAUCUACUCGAAGAAGAAACGGUUACUGACUGUAACUGGUUCCUCGACAUGUGAUGCAGACAUGUAUUCCACAGCCCACCCUCCCUCAGCAUCACAGUCUCCUCUCAGGGGCUUCCAGAGCAAAGGAACUGAGGGGGUCAAGGUGCCACCACCUCAUAUAGCCAGGGGAGGGGCCACCGCCAUGAACCACAAGUACUGCCCCUCUACAGGCAAUGAUAGACAAGUCUCUGAUUCCGGUGCACCGGGCACGCACCCCUAGUGGAAUAUAUGUCUGCAUCUCAGUUUGAAGAGACACCAUUACAGGUUUGUUUGUUUUUUUUUCCCAGAACCACCACCAGUAGCCCAUCAGUAGAGGGGAGUCUUUCUGUGAAGGACACCAGCAUGAACAGAGCCCUCACCCCCAAAGAAAGGGAUGCACUGUUAACAUUAUUCACAGGGAUUUUUCUCCAAAAAAGUCCUGGGCCCACGUAGUCUAGAUAAAAAUGUGAAAGACCGACAGCAGCAAAGCACCAAUGGAAAAAAUGACAAGCUCUGAAAGAUUUUCAUAGCUUUCCAAUCAGCCAUGAACAUUAACAAGGGAACAGCCAAAACAGUAUGUCCUAGCUCCCAUAAAAUAUCCUGCAGCAUCCCCAGGCCUCACAAUGACCCUUAUCACAAGGACUGUAUGGAAUUGCCUGUUGCUGAGUUGGUUGUGACUUGCGGGAUUGAUGUCAUUGGUAACAAGGGACGGGGCUAGAAGUUGGGAUAAGAUUAUUGCCAAAGGUCUCCCAACAGCUGUUGGUGGCUAGGGUCUGCAUGCUGCACUAGAUAAAGCCUCUAAAGCAAAAACAAUUCUAAGCUGUCUGUUUUUUACUGAUAAUAAAUCACUGUUAAAACAA